CCGCCACAGGGCUUUACCUCCACCCGCCCCUUUCAUUACCAGGGAACGGCACGAACCCAACCUCCGCGACGAUCGCCGUCUUAAUCCGGCAGACCUAUAGGCAUUUACCAGCUGAUAAUCAUUGUAAAUUGCGUUUGAUUCAACUCGCUAGGAGGAGGAACCGCCCUUCCUAGCUCGGCGAGGUCCCGCCGAUGACCGCCACAGGCGCCUCAGAGCAUCGCAACUGGCUCUGGGAUCGCUAGAUUAUACAUUCUCGCACCACAGGCUCGCCGCGGCGACACUUCGGUGGUGCCUAGGGUUUGAUGGCGGCAAAUCGGCACAUCGGAAGGCGCUGCCGGCCGGCGCGGGCGCUUUGAGCAGGAGCUGGCGGCUUGGAAGGCCGCGAUUGUGCGUGUGCCCCUCGGCUGUAGAACGGCAAGGAGGCCUGGGGGCGAGGCGGUGCCGCUGCUGCAGCAGUUCUACCACCUCGGCAUCACCUCCCGCAACUCCACCCUCAGAUGGUUCAAGGGCGCGUUCGAGGAGGGCCCGGAUGGGUCCGCCGCCGCCGCGCCGGCCCCGCUGUCCGUGCUGGACGCCGCCCGCACCUCUCUGGACGCCGAGACCUCACCCCACCCCGCCCCACCCCACCCCACCCUGGCUCCCCACCCCCGCCACUGACAAGCUGGCCAGCGCUGCCACCACCUGCUGGCGUUGCUGACUAACGUGCAGAGUUUUUUUAUGGGGAAAUAAUGUAACUGGAAUGCUCCAAAACAACAACGAGCCCUGCAAGUUCCUGGCCAGGUACCGCAACUUCGUGGGCAUGUUCGAGGAGCGGGUCUCUAAGCGCAUGCGGUUGCUGCCCAAGUACAAAGCAGCGCUAGCGGCCGGUGCCAAGCCCCUGAAGAAGAGGCGGGAGGCCCUGGAGCUAAUGUCGGAUCUGGCGAACGCCGAGAAGAAACAGAACGUGGAUGUUCGGGCGGAGACACGACACCUCCAGCAGCUUAACGAGCAACGCUGCUGGAGCUGUUGUCGGGGCCCUAGACGGGCGCGGCCCGGUAUUGUGUCCAUGGUUGCCGAGAUUCGCGGCAGCCAGCUGUCUCCUGCAGCCCGCCCGGCGCCCGCCCAGCCCAGCGCGCUGCCGCUUCCGCCAGCGCUGCCGCUUCCACUGCCGCCGCUGCUUCCACUGCCGCCGCCGCUCCCGGGGGCGCCACCGCUCCCGGGGGCGCCGCCGCUUUCGACGCCUCCUGGCGGUGCCGGCGGCCCGGCCGCCAUGCUGGUGGAUCCGCGGUGGGCUUGGGGGCGGCGUGGCCCUCAGGAGGCCGACGGCUUCGAUGAGGCCCCUGCCGCCAAGCGCGCAGACACCCGCGCCGUCGGGGCCGCGGGCUCUGGCCUGCGGGCUGGUUUCCUGCUGCCGUCAGCUGGGCGGCGGCCGUCGCCUUCGGUGGCUGGAGCGGACGGCGGCGCUGCUGGGCGUGCGAGGAGCUCCCUGGCUGCAGGAGGCCCGUUUGCCGGUGGUGGUGGCGAAACCGGCGGUGGCGCUGGGGCGGCUGGGGUGGGCCCGGACCCUGCUGUGGGUGUCGGCGAGUACGGGACCAUCAUGUCCGCGGCGGACGUCGCGGCCUUGCUGGCUGGCCGCGAUGCGGCCCCCAGCCCCGGCACUAUCUUUGAGGCGGUCCUGUGGCAGGUGCUGGGGGAUGCGAGUGAUCAGUGCGCGGUGUGCUGUCGUGGCACUGGGCGCGCUCUGAUCCUUAGGACCCUCCCUGGGACGUCUGCGCCUGGGAGCGGGAGUGGGUGGCGGACGGUGGCCCUCCCGUGGGGCCUGGUGCCGCAGCUGCUAGAGGUCGCGGCGAGCGCGGACGCGGAGUUGUUGCAGGCGCUCUGGGCGGGGCCCUUUUAGUGUGCUGACCUGGUUUGGCGGCGUGUUAGUGCGUAUGUGCCUGCGUUUGGACGUGCGGCGCGGGCAAUGUUUCCCGUGCGGUAGCUGGUCUGCUGUGUUGUGGAGGUCGGUUCACUGCGGCCUGUGUGCCCCGGAUUGCUUGGGGCCUGUGCCCCGGUUUGCUGCGGGUUGGUGCGUGUGUAACUGCGCGUGGUCGUGCGCCUGCGGUGGUUCCCGUGUGUAGUCGCUGGACUGCUUUGUUGCUGGGUUAGAACGCGCAGCCGCUUGGAUCAGCAUGUGUGCGUGGCGGUCGGGUAGCCGCUGCCUUUGUUCCCUGGUCUGCUUGGGACCCGGGGGCCGGUUUGCAGUGUGUUGGUGCGGGGGUGCCGGCGCUCUAUUGCGGUGGGGGUGCCGGCGCUUUACUGGGGCCCCGGUCUGCCCUUGCUUUGCCCCGGAGUGGUGCCCUUGGGUUUAGAGGCUAGUGCGGUUGUCCCUGGCGGUCUGCUUGCUCGCGUUGCAAGUUGCGUGCCGGUUUGGUGCUGCGCCUUCCCUUCCUUCUCCUUUGUAACCACUUUCUCAA